AUGCCAAAAGCAUAUAUACUUUAUAUUAUAUAUACUUUACUGCUUCCAAAGUCUACCAUGGAAGAUCAUAAUCAUAUGGACCAUUCAAAUCAUAACAUGGACAAUAUGGUGCAUAGUAUGGUUCAUAAUAUAAUAGAUCACCCAAUGAGUGUGAAUGAUACAAGUUUCCUUAACAAUCUGAGUGGAACAAAUUCAAGUGAAAAUCAUCACCUUCAUCAUAGGUCACAUGAAAAUCAUCAUGAUGGUCAUGAUAUGCAUGGAGGAAUGACAUUCCAUGGAGGAUAUAUGGUGACAAUACUUUUUUCAUGGUGGGAAGUUACAGAUAUUGGAGAGUUUAUUGGAUCAUUUUUGGCUAUAUUUCUGUUAGCUCUAAUUUAUGAGGGAUUAAAAUACUACAGGAAACAUUUGCUAUGGAAAACUUAUACAGGACUCCACUACUGUGCAGUGGCACCACCAGAUAAGCGUGUAGCAAAUAUUUGUGCAGAUGAACCUCAAGUAAUACAGCCUAUGCCACAUGUUCUGGAAAGAAAUAUCCCGACAAUGUUAAGUAUCGAACAUGCAUGGCAGACUGUACUUCAUGGCAUACAAGUACUAGUAAGCUACAUGUUAAUGUUGGUGUUUAUGACUUACAAUACAUGGCUGUGUGCUGCUGUGGUCCUUGGAUCUGCAACUGGAUAUUUUCUUUUUGGUUGGAGAGAAUCAGUGGUAGUGGACUUUACAGAACACUGUCAC